AUGUCAUCAAAAUUAGAAGCUAUCGAGAUAGAAGGCAAUUAUAUUGAACAUGACAGCAUUUAUGAUUCCAAUACAGCUUUGGAAAAACGGUUCAGCUUAUGGAGUACAAUUGCGUUUCAGUUUUCUUUAAUAUGUUCAAGCAUUGCUAUUGGAACGUAUCUAAGUACUGUCGUAGGUGUAGGGGGGUCGCCAUUUCUAAUAUAUGGUUAUAUAUUAGCAGUAGGGUGUGAUUUGGUGAUAUGUUUCUCCUUGGCCGAAUUAGCAUCAGCAUACCCUCACCCAUCUGCUCAAGUUCAUUGGACAUAUUGCUUAGCACCCAAGAGACUAAAAAAAGUGAUGAGUUUUUUUGUUGGAAUAUUAUCAUGUGCUGGGUGGAUCUUUGCUUGCUUUGCUGUUUCUUAUACUACUUCAAUGUUUAUCAUUGCGUUGGCUGAGGUUUAUAAUCCUAAUUAUAUUCCGCAGGACUUUCACUAUUAUUUGAUAUAUGUAUUACUUACAACUCUUGGAUGGGCUAUUAAUGUGUUUGGAAUAGCUUUAUUACCGAUGAUCAAUUAUAUCUUAGUAUUUGUUAUUAACGGUGGUACAUUAUUCAUUGUGAUUACUCUCCUCGUUAAGGCAAACCCUAAACGUUCCGUUGAAUACGUGUUCCUCAAAGUACAGAAUGAGACUGGAUGGUCUUCUAACGGUUUAGUGUUUUUCCUUGGAUUGCUUCCUAGUAUAGCAACGGUCACCUUCUUUGACGGUGCAGCACAUAUGACAAAUGAAAUACCUGAACCAGAGAAAAAUAUCCCAUUGGUAAUGGUUAUUGCUAACUGCUUUUCAGCUAUAGCCGCAUUCUUAGCUGCUAUAGCUUAUAUGUAUUGCAUAGUUAAUCCUGAUCAUAUGGCGUCACCUAUUGGAGGACAACCAAUCAUACAGUUAAUGGAUGAUGCAUUUCAUUCAAAAGCUCUAACUACAAUCGGCGUCUUAAUAUUAAUUAUUACAUUUUGGGGUUCAUAUAUUGGUUAUGCUUGUUCUGGAUCACGGUUGGUCUGGUCCUUUGCUAAUGCAGGUGGUCUACCAUUUGGAAAAUCAUAUUUUGGAAAAUUAAAUACUAAGCUUAAAGUUCCAGUUAAUUCACUCAAUUUUAUUACAAUAAUUACGUUGAUUUUGGGAACCAUAAUAUUUGGUUCUUCAACAGCUUUAUCUGCUGUAUUGGGUUCUUCCAUGGUUUGUAUUAAUUUGUCUUAUGUUUUUCCAAUUAUUUGCAUGCUUUGGAAAUCAAAAUUCUCCUUAUCUCCAUAUGUUAGAUUUAAAUCUAAUGAAGAUAAUAAGGAAUUAAGUGCAAAUCUCACUAUUGGUAAAAACUUACCUUACUUUUGUUUAGGUAAAUUAGGUUUGAUCAUGAAUACUAUUGCCGCUUGUUGGACAUUCUUUAUAAUAAUUUGGUUAAACUUUCCAAUAUAUGAUCCCGUUAAAACGGAUAACAUGAAUUAUGCGUGUGUUGUAUUAGGGAUUACAUUUAUUAUUGCAGCUUUGCUUUGGUUCUUUCAUGCACGAAAGACCUUUGAUCAUGAUAUCAACUCAACUCAUAUCUAA